AUAUCCAGACCUCCUCCCAGCCCACCAAGACUUCGAAAUCGGCUGGGGAGAAACUCAGCUUUGCGAAGCAUUUUUAUUUUGUAAAGCAACCGAAAAAGCGCGUCUGUUUCCCCCUCCCCCGCCCCCCCCCCCCCACAUUCUUGUCCACCGCGCCGGACCUUGGGGAGGUCACCACGUGCUUUCCUUGACCCCCUCCCACCCGGUCUGGCCACUAUCCCCCGCCUCCCGAGCCUUGCCAGGCCAGGUGGGGGGUGAAUUGGGAGGGGUGGGGGUGGGGUGGGGAGGUGAGCAAGGGAGCAGUAUGUGCGACUGUGUGUUUUGGGAGUGCUGGAUCCUGGUACUCCUUGCACCCCACCCUUGAGUUUCUGCCCUCUAACCCGGGUCUGGCUCGGUCGGGGGUCGGGGGGGGGGCGGUGGUCCUUUUGAAUCUUUAUGAGGUGGUGGGUGGGUUACUGUGUCCUGGCUAACCGAGUGCGUCUGGGAAGGCGGGCGGUGGGCACUUAGGAAAGUUUGGCAGCAAGGGAAAGAAAGGCGUGAGAGGGCCCACAUCCCUUUCCCUCCUCAUUCGUGACCCUUAUUUUAAAUUUUGAUGUAAUUUUAAAACACCGUCUAUACCCAGUUCUGUAUUUAUUAAAGGGUUGGGGGGGUGUGCAUAAGGAGUUGAAUUUUUCACUGGGCUCUGGAACUUGUCACACACUUCGGAAGCUCCCCCCGCCCCGGCACGUUGCGGGGCCCUCCCUCUCCCCACCCCCGCGGAUCCCUCCCUCGCCGCUCUCCCCCGCCCCCCACUCCCCCGGCCGCGCCGGAUGCGGAGCAGACGCGGCGUGCGGCGGUGUGAAGUUACAGCCCGGCCAGCCGAACCUCUUGAAGCCAUUCUUACAGAUGAUGAACCAGACCACGGCCCUUUGGGAGCUCCAGAAGGGGACCAUGACCUCCUCACGUGUGGGCAGUGCCAGAUGAACUUCCCAUUGGGGGACAUUCUUAUUUUUAUCGAGCACAAACGGAAACAAUGCAAUGGCAGCCUCUGCUUAGAAAAAGCUGUGGAUAAGCCACCUUCCCCUUCACCAAUCGAGAUGAAAAAAGCAUCCAAUCCCGUGGAGGUUGGCAUCCAGGUCACGCCAGAGGAUGACGAUUGUUUAUCAACGUCAUCUAGAGGAAUUUGCCCCAAACAGGAACACAUAGCAGAUAAACUUCUGCACUGGAGGGGCCUCUCCUCCCCUCGUUCUGCACAUGGAGCUCUAAUCCCCACGCCCGGGAUGAGUGCAGAAUAUACCCCGCAGGGUAUUUGUAAAGAUGAGCCCAGCAGCUACACAUGUACAACUUGCAAACAGCCAUUCACCAGUGCAUGGUUUCUCUUGCAACACGCACAGAACACUCAUGGAUUAAGAAUCUACUUAGAAAGCGAACACGGAAGUCCCCUGACCCCGCGGGUUGGUAUCCCUUCAGGACUAGGUGCAGAAUGUCCUUCCCAGCCACCUCUCCAUGGGAUUCAUAUUGCAGACAAUAACCCCUUUAACCUGCUAAGAAUACCAGGAUCAGUAUCGAGAGAGGCUUCCGGCCUGGCAGAAGGGCGCUUUCCACCCACUCCCCCCCUGUUUAGUCCACCACCGAGACAUCACUUGGACCCCCACCGCAUAGAGCGCCUGGGGGCGGAAGAGAUGGCCCUGGCCACCCAUCACCCGAGUGCCUUUGACAGGGUGCUGCGGUUGAAUCCAAUGGCUAUGGAGCCUCCCGCCAUGGAUUUCUCUAGGAGACUUAGAGAGCUGGCAGGGAACACGUCUAGCCCACCGCUGUCCCCAGGCCGGCCCAGCCCUAUGCAAAGGUUACUGCAACCAUUCCAGCCAGGUAGCAAGCCACCCUUCCUGGCGACGCCCCCCCUCCCUCCUCUGCAAUCCGCCCCUCCUCCCUCCCAGCCCCCGGUCAAGUCCAAGUCAUGCGAGUUCUGCGGCAAGACGUUCAAAUUUCAGAGCAACCUCGUGGUGCACCGGCGCAGCCACACGGGCGAGAAGCCCUACAAGUGCAACCUGUGCGACCACGCGUGCACGCAGGCCAGCAAGCUGAAGCGCCACAUGAAGACGCACAUGCACAAGUCAUCCCCCAUGACGGUCAAGUCCGACGACGGCCUCUCCACCGCCAGCUCCCCGGAACCCGGCACCAGCGACCUGGUGGGCAGCGCCAGCAGCGCGCUCAAGUCUGUGGUGGCCAAGUUCAAGAGCGAGAACGACCCCAACCUGAUCCCGGAGAAUGGGGACGAGGAGGAAGAGGAGGACGACGAGGAAGAGGAAGAAGAGGAGGAAGAGGAGGAGGAGGAGCUGACGGAGAGCGAGAGGGUGGACUACGGCUUCGGGCUGAGCCUGGAGGCGGCGCGCCACCACGAGAACAGCUCGCGGGGCGCGGUGGUGGGCGUGGGCGACGAGGGCCGCGCCCUGCCUGAUGUCAUGCAGGGCAUGGUGCUCAGCUCCAUGCAGCACUUCAGCGAGGCCUUCCACCAGGUCCUGGGCGAGAAACACAAGCGCGGCCACCUGGCCGAGGCCGAGGGCCACAGGGACACUUGCGACGAAGACUCGGUGGCCGGCGAGUCGGACCGCAUAGACGAUGGCACUGUUAACGGCCGCGGCUGCUCCCCGGGCGAGUCGGCCUCGGGGGGCCUGUCCAAAAAGCUGCUGCUGGGCAGCCCCAGCUCGCUGAGCCCCUUCUCCAAGCGCAUCAAGCUCGAGAAGGAGUUCGACUUGCCCCCGGCCGCGAUGCCCAACACGGAGAACGUGUACUCGCAGUGGCUCGCUGGCUACGCGGCCUCCAGGCAGCUCAAAGAUCCCUUCCUUAGCUUCGGAGACUCCAGACAAUCGCCUUUCGCCUCCUCGUCGGAGCACUCCUCGGAGAACGGGAGCUUGCGCUUCUCCACGCCGCCCGGGGAGCUGGACGGAGGGAUCUCGGGGCGCAGCGGCACGGGAAGUGGAGGGAGCACGCCCCAUAUUAGUGGUCCGGGCCCGGGCAGGCCCAGCUCAAAAGAGGGCAGACGCAGCGACACUUGUGAGUACUGUGGGAAAGUCUUCAAGAACUGUAGCAAUCUCACUGUCCACAGGAGAAGCCACACGGGCGAAAGGCCUUAUAAAUGCGAGCUGUGCAACUAUGCCUGUGCCCAGAGUAGCAAGCUCACCAGGCACAUGAAAACGCAUGGCCAGGUGGGGAAGGACGUUUACAAAUGUGAAAUUUGUAAGAUGCCUUUUAGCGUGUACAGUACCCUGGAGAAACACAUGAAAAAAUGGCACAGUGAUCGAGUGUUGAAUAAUGAUAUAAAAACUGAAUAGAGGUAUAUUAAUACCCCUCCCUCACUCCCACCUGACACCUCCUUUUUUCACCACCCCCCUUCCCCAUCGCCCUCCAGCCCCACUCCCUGUAGGAUUUUUUUCUAGUCCCAUGUGAUUAAACAAACAAACAAACAGAAGUAACGGAAGCUAAGAAUAUGAGAGUGCUUGUCACCAGCACACCUGUUUUUUUUUUUUCUUUUUCUUUUUUUCUUUUUCUUUUUUUCCUUUGUUCUCACCGUUUGAAUGCAUGAUCUGUAUGGGGCAAUACUAUUGCAUUUUACGCAAACUUUGAGCCUUUCUCUUGUGCAAUAAUUUACAUGUUGUGUAUGUUUUUUUUUUUUAAACUUAGACAGCAUGUAUGGUAUGUUAUGGCUAUUUUAAAUUGUCCCCGAUUCGUUGCUGAGCAAACAUGUUGCUGUUUCCAGUUCCGUUCUGAGAGAAAAAGAGAGAGAGAGAGAAAAAGACCAUGCUGCAUACAUUCUGUAAUACAUAUCAUGUACAGUUUUAUUUUAUAACGUGAGGAGGAAAAACAGUCUUUGGGUUAACCCUCUAAAGACAGAAUAGACAGCACUGAAAGAAAAUCUCUAUGAGCUAAAUGUCUGUCUCUAGAGGGUUAAAUGUAUCAAUUGGAGAGGAAAAAAAAAAGGCCUUGAAUUGACAAAUUUUAACAGAAAAACAAAACAAGUUUAUUCUAUCAUUUGGUUUUAAAAUAUGAGUGCCUUGGAUCUAUUAAAACCACGUUGAUGGUUCUUUCUACUUGUUAUAAACUUGUAGCUUAAUUCAGCAUUGGGUGAGGUAAGAAAUCUUAGGACCUAGCAUAUAAUUCUAUAUUGUAUUUCUCACAACAAUGGCUACCUAAAAAUAUGACCCACUAUGUCCUAGUUAAUCAUCAUUUUCCCUUUAGUUUAAUCUUAUAAGCAAAACUGAUUAUACCAGUAUAAACGCUAUUUUGCUCCUGGUGAGAGCUUAAAAGAAAUGGGCUGUUUUGCCCAAAGUUUUAUUUUUUUUUUUAAAUGAUGAUUAAAUUGAAUGUGCAACGUGCAAAAGCCCCGGAAUACAAUUAAAUACAUUAGUAAGGAAUUCAUUUUAUGAAGAUAACUUAAACAAUGUCUGUUCAAAAAAUUCUGGCACCAAAAGAAAUAGAUCCAGAUCUACUUGGUUGUCAAAGGGACAAUCAAAUGAUAAACUUUAAGACCUCGUAGACCAUAUUAAAAAGAAGAGACUGACAAUAAGGUUUGACAGGAGGGUAACAGAGGAAGAAAAUACGUGAUCUUUUAGCACAACGUGGUACUAUUUGCCAUUUUAAACUAGAACAGGUGUAUAAGCUAAUAUUGAUACAAUGAUGAUUAACUAUGAAUUCUUAAGACUUGUGUUUAAAUGUGACAUUCUUAAAAAAGAAGAGAAAGAAUUUUAAGAGUAGCAGUAUAUAUGUCUGUGCUCCCUAAAAGUUGUACUUCAUUUCUUUUCCAUACACUGUGUGCUAUUUGUGUUAACAUGGAAGAGGAUUCAUUGUUUUUAUUUUAUUUUUUUAAUUUUUUCUUUUUUAUUAAGCUAGCAUCUGCCCCAGUUGGUGUUCAAAUAGCACUUGACUCUGCCUGUAAUAUCUGUAUCUUUUCUCUAAUCAGAGAUACAGAGGUUGAGUAUAAAAUAAACCUGCUCAGAUAGGACAAUUAAGUGCACUGUACAAUUUUC